AUGAGAAAUGCUUCUCAUUGGCACCGUAUCUACCACAACCCACGUUACUUUUUCCGGUUGUUUUUCUGCUUGUGGUUUCUUCUUCUCCCAGUGAAGCCAGUGUUGGGUGAAGAGCGUUGGGAUGGAGUGGUUGUGACACAGUCAAACUUCUUAUCACUUCAAGCAUUCAAGCAAGAAUUGGUUGAUCCCAAAGGCUUCUUGCGAAGCUGGAAUGACAGCGGCUAUGGAGCUUGUUCUGGAGGUUGGGUUGGUAUUAAGUGUGCUCAGGGACAGGUUAUUGUAAUAGACCUUCCAUGGAAAGGGUUGCAGGGGCAUAUUACUGAGAGGAUUGGCCAACUUCAGGGGCUUCGAAAGCUUAGUCUUCAUGAUAACCAAAUUGGUGGUUCUGUCCCUUCAGCAUUGGGACUUCUUCUCAAUCUAAGAGGGGUUCAACUCUUCAACAAUAGGUUAACGGGGUUCAUCCCUCCUUCAUUAGGUUACUGUCCUUUGCUUCAGUCUUUAGACCUCAGCAACAAUAUGCUCACGGGGUCAAUCCCUGAUAGCCUUGGGAACUCCACUAAGCUUUAUUGGCUUGACUUGAGCUUCAAUUCCUUCUCUGGUCCAAUACCAGCUACCCUAACUCGCUUAACCUCUCUUACCUUUCUUUCUCUUCAACACAAUAAUCUCUCAGGCUCUAUCCCUAACUCAUGGGGUGGUAGUCAGCUUCAAAAUCUGAUUCUAGAUCAUAACUUCUUCACUGGAAGAAUUCCUUCUUCAUUGGGCAGCUUAAGCGAACUAAAAGAGAUUUCUCUUAGUCAUAACCAGUUUAGUGGAGCUAUACCAAAUAGAAUAGGAAGCCUUUCUAGGCUUGAGAGAGUAGAUUUUUCUAAUAAUGCCUUGAACGGAAGCUUGCCUUCCACUCUCUCUAAUUCAUCCUCGCUCACUCUGUUGAAUGUAGGGAACAACCACCUAAGCAAUCAAAUCCCAGAAGCUUUAGGCAGCUUCCAUAACCUUUCUGUUCUAAUUUUGAGCAGAAACCAAUUUAGUGGCCACAUUCCUCAAAGUAUUGGAAACAUUUCAACGCUUACACAGCUUGAUAUGUCACUUAAUAAUCUCAGUGGAGAAAUUCCAGUCUCCUUUGACAAUCUACGUAAUCUUAAUUUCUUCAAUGUUUCUCAUAAUAACCUCUCUGGUCCAGUUCCAACCCUGCUCGCCCACAAAUUUAACUCAAGCUCAUUUGUGGGAAAUAUUCAACUAUGUGGGUACAGCUCUUCAACCCCAUGUCCCUCGCCAGGUCCUGGUGAAGAAGGACAAGGAGUCCUUGCUGCACCUCCUGAAAUAUCAAAACAUCACCAUCAUAAGAAACUAGGUACCAAAGACAUAAUUCUCAUAGCAGCAGGAGUGCUCCUUGUAGUCAUGGUAACAAUUUGCUGCAUCCUGCUCUUCUGCCUGAUCAGAAAAAGAGCAACAUCAAAUGAAGAGGGUGGUCAGGCCACAGGGAGAGCUGCUACCAGGACAGAAAAAAGAGUCCCUUCCGUUGCCGGUGAAGCUGAAGGGGGUGGUGAAGCUGGUGGUAAACUAGUCCAUUUUGAUGGACCACUAGCUUUUACAGCUGAUGAUCUCUUGUGUGCAACAGCGGAGAUAAUGGGAAAGAGCACCUAUGGAACAGUGUACAAGGCUACUUUAGAGGAUGGAAGCCAAGCUGCAGUGAAACGAUUGAGGGAAAAGAUCACUAAAAGUCAGAGAGAAUUUGAAUCCGAAGUUAGUGUUCUAGGGAGAAUUCGACAUCCAAAUCUUUUGGCACUAAGAGCCUAUUACUUGGGACCUAAAGGAGAAAAGCUUCUGGUUUUUGAUUACAUGCCUAAAGGAAGUCUAGCUUCUUUCCUACAUGCUCGUGGGCAUGAAACAGCCAUUGAUUGGCCAACGAGGAUGAAAAUAGCACAGGGAAUGGCUCGUGGCUUGUUUUACCUUCAUUCCCAUGAGAACAUUAUACAUGGGAACCUUACGUCCAGCAAUGUCUUGCUUGAUGAGAAUACAAAUGUUAAAAUAGCUGAUUUUGGUCUUUCUCGGUUGAUGACAACUGCUGCUAAUUCUAACGUGAUUGCAACUGCUGGAGCAUUGGGAUACCGAGCACCUGAGCUUUCAAAGCUUAAGAAAGCCAACACAAAAACUGAUGUAUACAGUCUUGGUGUCAUCUUGUUAGAACUCCUAACGGGUAAGCCACCUGGUGAGGCUUUGAAUGGCGUGGAUUUGCCUCAGUGGGUUGCCUCUAUUGUCAAAGAGGAGUGGACAAAUGAGGUUUUCGAUGUAGAGUUGAUGAGAGAUGCUUCCACAAAUGGCGAUGAGUUGCUUAACACGUUGAAGCUUGCUUUGCACUGUGUGGAUCCUUCUCCAUCAGCACGACCAGAAGUUCAGCAAGUCCUCCAGCAGCUAGAAGGGAUUAGACCAGACAUAUCAGCCACUUCUAGUGAUGAUGGAGCCAUCCCUUCCACCAGUGAAUAA